AUGACUUCUAUGAAUCCAAAUGCUACAUCUAAAGCGAACGCUCACAAGGUUACCAAGACUAUUGUCACAUCUCCAUGUAUUUAUAAACCCGUUGGGCCUUACAGCCAAGCAAUUCUAGCUGAUAGAACACUCUACGUGUCGGGGCUACUGGGCAUGGACCCUCAGGCACAGUUGGUAUGCGGUGGCGCCGAAGCUCAAGCGCGACAGGCGCUCGACAACUUGAAGCUCGUGCUAGAGGCGGGCGGCGCGUCUCUACAUUCCGUCGUGAAAACUACAAUCUUGCUCGCUCGGAUGGACGACUUCCAAGCCGUAAACCAGGUUUAUGCAGAAUGUAAGUCUGCAAAAACAAAAAAGAUUCUGACGAAAUGA